AAUGAUUGUAGCCACUGUAAUUCUGGCUUACUCUGUAAGGUGCAGAAUAUAACAUUCCGUGGGACUGGUGCAUUCUUAACCUUGUAUAGUUAUGGUUUUGUGCCAGACCACGCAAUGCACGUCUCCCUCAACUUAAAGCUCUGGCCAUAUCUGUGGCCCCUCUAACAUGUGAUAUGCUUUCAAUCUUCGUAUGCUGUAUAUAUGUAUAUACUUCUCUAAUCUUUCACCUUCAUCUCUCAUUAGCAACUGCUGCCGACAUGACCAGAUCGUACUACCUCGUCCCCUUCUUUCUCCUCCUCGCCUUCUAUUCUGAGGCAGCUUCCUCUCCUAUACCAGCUAACAUUGGCUUCAUCAAGUCCUCAUGCAACGCUACAGCUUAUCCUGACCUGUGCAUUAGUUCGCUCUCCCUCUAUGCCACAACCAUUCAAAACAGUCCGCACCAAAUGGCCGUGAUGGCCUUGGAGGUGAGUCUGAACCGGACCAAGUUAGCUCAAACCUUCAUGCAUCUGCUCACCAAGUUCAAGGGUCUUACAGCUAAACAACAAGAGGCUAUCGCGGAUUGCAAAGACGAGGUCGAAGAUAGCUUGGAUCGGGUGAACAGGUCCUCCAUAGAGAUGAAGAGUCUAGGUCAGGCCGGUGGUCAGGAGUUCAUUUGGCACAUGAGCAAUGUCGAGACAUGGAUCAGUGCUGCCCUCACCGAUGAUACUACUUGUAUGGAUGGGUUUUCGGAUCUGGCUACAGAGGGAAAAAUAAAGGAAUCAGUUAGGGCACAAAUAACUAGUGUUGCGCAUUAUACCAGCAAUGCUCUGGCCUUGAUCAAUAGUUUUGCUGCAAUGCAGAAGCACUAAAAGUAUAACCAAAUGAGUACUAUAUACUAUGUCUAUGUCCAAGGACUAAGGAUUGUGCAAGUUCAUAUAGAGCACUUUUUUCUUUUUAUGUUACGUUUGUAAGAUAAAAUGUUGUAAACUUGUUUAUGAUUACUUGAAUAAAACUAUUUGUCUGUCUAA